CAAUCUCUCUUCAGCUUCAAAGAUAAAGAAAACAUCAUGGCUGGCUACUUUCGAAAUGCCGUAAAUGCCGCGGGAAUAUCGAUAACGACAAAUAAGAGUGGCUCUCGAACAAUCGGAGGCAAUGCACAUAUGGACAGAGAAGAUGAUCAACAAUUCAAGCAGUAUAAUAAUUAUCGUGGGAGGUCAAGAGGAAGAAGCCGUGGUCGAGCUGGAGGACGAUAUAAUUCUUACAGACCUGGAGUAACACCAAUGUCAAGAUAUGCAGAUGACAGAGAUGAAGAAGGUGAUGAAGUUAUGGGAGGUGGAUUUCGAGCGAAGCCAAGAUUUAAACCAUAUGGUAAUAGAGGAAAUUAUGGACGUGGAGGCUACAACCAAAAUAGAUUUGAUGAUAAGCGGACAUUUAAUUCAAAAUGGUUUAAAAUUACCAUUCCUGGUGGUAGACAACAUGAUAAAAACUGGUUGAUAACCAAACUAACAAACCAAGUUACAUUACCAUUUGAGUGUGUUGAGUUUCAUUACACUGGUGACAGUGCUUGCUUUUUUGUGGAAGAUAAAGAAGUUGCUGAUGCAUUAAAAAGCAAAAGUCAUAGAAUCACUGUCCGUGAUGGCUCAAAGAUAGUAAUUCAUGUUCGUCCAAGUGAUCCACCAAGGUUCUCCAGGGGUGCAGAUAGAGAAGGAGCACAGAAUGCACCUCCAGCUAGACCUGUUGACCCUGAAACAGAGCAGGUUCUUAUGAAUUGCCUAGCACAGAGGUUUUUGCCUGAUACCAAUUCUAUAAACCUAAGCAAACUUGCAGAUGAUGCUACCCUCUCAUCAAGUAAUGUUCAAGGCAACUUGAGCAAGCCAUGGUUGAUGUCAGCUUUUAUUGAUAUCAUUCACAAGAUCCAACCAGCGCUUGAUGGGCUUGAUCUUUCAAGCAAUCAAAUACGCAACUUAGACAUUUUACGACGCAUCCAUGAAAAGCUGCCAAGCUUGAAAAUAAUUUCUCUCAAAGACAAUGAGAUCCAGAGUGUAGAAGAUUUGGAAAGGCUGAAGCCAAUAGAAUCAUUGAAGCAUCUCCUGGUAGAAGGAAAUCCAUUUUGCGCAAAGUAUCAAAACAAUUUAGAGAGCUUACUACGAGAUGUUCAAAGCAAGUUGCCUAAUCUGGAAAUACUGGAUGGCGUGAAGUUGCCUCCACCGAUUUCUUUUGAUGUCCCAACAAAAGUCUCUUUGCCACCAUCAAAGACAAACUUUUUGCAAAAUUCGGCCAUGCAGUCAAAGAUAACACAGUUUAUCCAAGAGUAUUUUCAAGUGUAUGACCGGGAUGAUCGCCAAGGCUUAUUAGAUUUUUACCAUGAUCAGGCCAAUUUCUCUCUGUGCGUUAACACCAACGUUUAUUCCAAGGAUUACGGUCGGGAGCGCCAGCAACCACUAAAUGAAUAUUUUCAGUUCAGCAGAAACCUGAAGCGUUUGCGAGAUAAAGCAAAGAGAUCAAGUCUUAUUAAGCACACCAAACUGGCAACUGUUGCCUUUCUUACCGAACUUCCAAAAUCAAAACAUGACUUGUCAUCAUUUGCUCUGGAUGUCAGCAUGGAAACACCCAAAUUUUCGUUCUGUACCAUUCGAGGUCAUUUCUCUGAAGGUGAAACACGAGACAUCCCGCGGGCUUUCUCGAGGACGUUUGUCUUCUUGUUUACACCUGAUAAAAGUUUAAAAAUAGUGAACGAUCAGCUGCACAUCAGAAAUCAAACCAAAGAUCUUUCUCAGGGUGUAGCCACCGAGACAGCACCAGUUGAGCAACCAAAAGGUGUAACCCCAUUGACCAGCCAGCAAGAAGAGCUUGUUAAAAAGUUUUCCGAAGCAAGCAAAAUGAAUUUGGAUUUCAGCCUCAAGUGCUUGCAGCAGAAUAACUGGGACUUUCAGAAAUCAGGCGAGGUUUUUACGAAGCUCCAGCAACAAGGACAAAUUCCACCUGAAGCUUUCAAGCACUGAAUUUGCUGAACUGUAAAUAAGACAACGCAAAAUGUUUUGCCUUUUUUUAGUUAUGUCUUAAUUGUUUUAGCAUAAUUACUUUAAAUAUUGAUUAUAAUUGUGGUUUAAUUUGA